CAGGAAUAUUCCAUCAGGACAGACUGACACUGACAGAUUGAAACAUGCUGAGGUUCGUCCUGUUGAGCGCUCUCGCAGCCCUGGUGCUGUCUGAGAAUCUGGUUCCCCAGCCCAGAUACCUGGAAGAUGGAGCUGAGGAAAGAGUUGUGGGUGGCGAGGUCGCCCAGCCCAACUCCUGGCCCUGGCAGAUCUCUCUCCAGUACCAGUCUGGCAGCUCCUACUACCACACCUGUGGAGGUAGUCUGAUCAGGAGAGGAUGGGUCAUGACUGCUGCUCACUGUGUGGACAGGUUGGACAAAGGAAGACAUUAGAUUUUAUAGUGAAAC